UUUCACUCUUAGCCAAUAAAUCCCUCACUGACCUGUCCAGACUCCCUAUAAGAGGCCGAGCAGACAUCCAGAGACACAGAAGAAUCUCUCCUCUGAACUGAGAAGCAUCUUGCAUCAUCUGAAAAUGAGAGUGCUCAGUGUCGUCCUUGUUUUGGUGCUGUGUGGGUGCAGUGGAGCUCUGGGUGUGAAGGUUAAAGUUGGAGACAGGAUCUUCCCCUUGGAGGCAGUGAAGCAGCUGAAGGAACUGAUGGAUUUAGAUGACAACGUUAGCCCUCGCGUCUCUGAGACGAGCGUGGUAGCUGCUUGUGCUAAUCCUGUCCUGCCUCAAGUCUUUCGGCCAGUUUGCCAAGGGAAGGGGACAGGCAUAAUUUUCUCCAAACUAGCCUCUAUCAUGGUGUCUUCAGAUCCUUGUGAGAUAUGUGUCAACCCUUCCUGCUAUGGGUGUCUGAACUGAGGCUGCCAUCUGCUAGAAACAUACACACGUCUGACUGAGAGCCUUUGGGGCCGUCAUCCUACAUCCUUCUUUAACAUUCAUAUGGCAACCAUUGACUUCGGCAAUACACAUCCUGUCACCUAACCAACCGCAAUGGGUCUCAUGGCUAUGGUCGACAUACACAUUUUUAAUUGAUAUAUAGGCUUAUCAAAAAAUGUAAAACUGGGUUUUGACCAUUUUUACAAGUUUUGGUAGAUGCUAAAGUAAAAUGGCAAAGCAGAUGUUUUGCAUUAUUUUAAUAUUACUUUGUUGUCUUCUUAUUGAACUUUUUAUUUAUUGAGUGUGUGCAGCUUCUUGAUAAUAAAAAUAUGUA